AUGGCACACAGGUCAUAUCGACCAGAUGGGGAGGUCAGAGGAUCUCACCAACCGGCCCAGGUACUAAGCAUCCAGCAAAUGCAGACACCAUAGUGGUUGCUCAUGGACCCUCAGAGUCUGGUGCUUCUCUGUGAUUCAGAGCAUUGCUGCAUGUUACCAUGGUAAUGCCCUGAGUCACUGGUAAAGCACCAGAGUAAAAGGCAGAAGGGCUGGUGCAGAAUGCAAGUUCCACCCAAUGACCACCAGGGUUUAAAGAGGAUUCAUACAUGCAUCUCUAAACAAAUGCAGGCAAGAAGAGCAAUAAUUAGUUUAUAAUAAUUUUAUUAAAGGGCCCCCUAUAGCACUCAUAAAAACACCCACAAGCACAACAGACACAUAAAACUACAGGCACAAGACAGCCCACACACAUACUUCCUCAAAUAGCCCACACAAAAACACAAGACAGACUGCCCAUGCACAUGCAUAACACAUCAGGAAAGCCACAUACACAUACAAAAUACCACAGACAAUCUGCACCACACACAAAAAUAUUACAAGCAAGCCACAUGCAUUUGACUUCAAAGGCAGCAUACAUAAAAAUCCUAGAAGGUCCAUAUCCUCCUGGUAACCAAGGAAAAAAUGUGUCUUUCAAUUUCUUUCUAUUUUUAAUUAAAGUGAAGAGGAAGUUCCCAACAUCCCAGCCUAUCACAUGACAUAUCAAUGGAAAGACCAGGAUGUCCUUUUUACAAUACAGCAGGGAUUGAUAAAGUAGCUCAAAAGGAUAAAAGAAAAUACAUGUGAACGAAAUGUCCAGUACAGAGGACACAUGUUAAUGGGCUGGGUCUUAGGAGGAUAUACAUAACACAAUAGGCGGCAUCAUAGUUACACACAGACAAACAGUACCACAAACAGCCUACAUGUAACACUACAUAUAUGGAUGUAUCCACUAUACACAAAUACUACCAUCAACUUACAUAAAUACACUUAUCACAGGCAGCUCAACACAUACACACCACAAACUGCUCACACACAUACUUCACACACCGUGCAGCAUACAUAAACACACAAACACCUAUAUCACAGUUCACAUGCAUUUGCAUAAGACCACAGACAAACUGGGCACACAUGCAUAACACAACAAGCUACAUAAUCCAGCAAUGCCCGUCCCAAAUUUCCAGCAAUGCCCAUCUGGAUCCACCCCUGACUCCUCAAGAUCACAUUGCUGACAGCGAGUAUAACAAACAACUGGCAGCAUUCUAUUUGACAGUGAUACUGCACUUACCAAUAAAGGUGGAGAGUUUUAGAAUAUGGGUGCUCCAAAUAUAAAAAAGGCCACCUGUGGGCCCUCCACAAAUGUUGAUGAGGUGGUUGCGAGGUACCACUGAGCUGCACUGUCAGGCAGAUAGUCCCCAACUCUAUCUUUAGAGUCCCACAUUCUGGCUUCAGCCAUUUAAGUCCACCCUUAAUUUUUUACUUUCUCUUAUCUUCUUCCCUGACAAUCUCUUUCCCAAUACCAUUAGUCUCUCGCUCUCUCCCAGUUUGUUUUUUGCCCUGUGCUAUCCCACACUCAAUGUAACCCUAAUCUGUUUCACUCUUCUUUCUUUUAUUCUACCCUUAUGCCCCAUUACCCUUCCAAGUAUGCCCUCUCGUCCAUGACAUGUAACCCUCUCCACUCCAACCAGGAUUCCCUGUUAUCUCCUAUUCCAUCUUUUACAUGUUUUUUUACCCAUCCACUGCUGUGUACUAGCCUCUAUACCCCCCUUUAUCAUUUUAUUUAUAUUACAACCAACCUUUAUUUUGCCAUCCUCCUGUCUUGUGCAUCCUCCUCUCAAACUGUUAUUAAUAAUGUGUUUUAAAUUGACACUUCAAACCUCCUCUCCCAUGGCACUGUGAUAGACUGUGGGGGGAUCCUGUGACAAAGAAAGGCACAGACAAAUAAUUUUUAUUAUUAGUGACAGCAGAUGAAGUUCACCUGUUCAUCAGCACUGUAAAAGUCAUUGGCUUGAAUGAGAAUUAUGAUUUGACUAAAGGAUCAUGAUUAAAUGUUUGAUUAAGGUAAAAUUUGUCUUUGCUGGCCUUUUAACCAAAGGUGGAACCUCUUGUGGCGCAAUCCUCCAUUGACAUUAAUUAUAGAAGUAGUAGGUAACGGCUAUUCAAAGUGGAUUUUAAAAUUGACCCUUUUAGUAUUUGGAGUUAUAGCAUCACAUUUCUAUUUCUCACCUUUAUUGAGCACCACAAUAUUAUAUAAAAAAAUAUGUAAAUUUUCUAAAUAUAUAUAUAUCUAUAUAUAUAUUUUAUUUUUUUAAUGCUUUUUAACUAGGAAUGAACACAUACAAACUAUUGAAGAUGGAGGAAGGGACAGGAAUUAGGUAAGAAGGAUCCUUUGCCCUAGCACUUCCAAUUAAUUUUCUUUUUACGUUUUGAAGCAGCUUUUCCCAACCUGUGGUAAGCGAACCCCAGGGGUAUGAACCAGUGUAUUCCUGUGUCUGUGUAACUUAUGUGUGUCAGUUUUUUUAUCUGUGUGGCUGUGUAUCUGCAUGUGUAGCAGUGUUUGUAUCUGUGUGUCUGUGUUUCUGCAUGUGUGGCAGUGUGUGUCUUGUGUAUAUAUAUAUAUAUGUGUGUCAAUCUUCUGUGUGUCUGUGUGUCUGUGUCUCUGCAUGUUUGUCAGUAUUUGUAUCUGUGUGUCUGUAUCAGUAUGUGUGUCAGUUUUUUAAUCUGUGUAUCUGCAUAUGUGUCAGUGUGUGUAUCAGUGUUUAUGUGCAACUUUAUGUGUGUCAGUGUUUGUAUCUGUGUGUCUGUAUCUGCAUGUGUUUCAGUGUGUGUGUGUGUCUUUUUACCUCUAUGUGUGUCAAUGUGUGUAUCUGCUAUCUCUCUCUCUCUCUGUCUGUAUAUAUGUGCCUGGGAAGAGGAGAAGCAGGGAAAGCCUGAGCAGAGGAGAAGCAGGGAGAGCCCAGAGCAGAGGAGAAGCAGGGAAAGCCUGAGCAGAGGAGAAGCAGGGAGAGCCCAGAGCAGUGGAGAAGCAGGGAGAGCCUGCGCCAGAGGAGAAGCAAGGAGAGCCUGCACCAGAGAAGAAGCAGGGAGAGCCUGAGGCAGAGGAGAAGCAGGGAGAGCCAAGGGCAGAGGAGAAGCAGGGAGAGCCCAGAGCAGAGGAGAAGCAGGGAGAGCCUGUGCCAGAGGAGAAGCAGAGAGAGCCUGCGCCAGAGAAGAAGCAGGGAGAGCCUGAGGCAGAGGAGAAGCAGGGAGAGCCUGUGCCAGAGGAGAAGCAGAGAGAGCCUGCAGCAGAGAAGAAGGAGGGAGAGCCUGAGGCACAGGAGACGCAGGGAGAGCCAAGGGCAGAGGAGAAGCAGGGAGAGCCUGGGGCAGAGGAGACGCAGGGAGAGCCAAGGGCAGAGGAGAAGCAGGGAGAGCCUGGGGCAGAGGAGAAGCAGGGAGAGCCUGUGCCAGAGGAGAAGCAGAGGGAGCCUGCGCCAGAGAAGAAGCAUGGAGAGCCUGAGGCAGAGGAGAAGCAGGGAGAGCUAAUUGAAAAUGAGAAACAGGGAGAUCCUGUGGUAGAGGAGAAGCAGGGAGAGCUGAGGCAAAUGAGAAACAGGGAGAGCCUGGUGCAAAAGAAGAGCAGUGAUGCCUAGGGCAGAGUAGAAGCAGAGAGAGCCUGUGUCAGAGAAGAAGCAAGGAGAGCCUGUGGCAAAUGAGAAGCAGGGAGAGCCUUGGGCAAAAGAAGAGCAGGGGAGCCUGGGGCAGAGAAAAAGUAGGGGAGGCAAGCGCAGAGAAAAACAUAUAAAUUUGAAAUAACAGCAGCUAUAUUAAUUACAAACCAUUGUGAUAAUAUGAGUACAAUAUGGUAUAAUUUAGAGCCUGGGAAGAGGUAGAGCAGGGGAGCUUGGGGCAGAGGAAGAGUAGGGGUGCCUGGAGCAGAGGAAGAGCGGGGGAGCUGAUGGCAGAGAAAGGGGGGAGAUGGGGCAGAGAAAAGGAGGAGAUGGGGCAGAGAAAAAUGUAUAAAUCAGAAGUAACUGCAACUAUAUUAAUUACAAACAUUUCUCUAAUAUGAGGGUGCAUUUUAUGGAAAUGGGCUGCCAAGGGAAACACAAGUGAAAAAGACUGGGAACCACUGUUCUAAAGGAAAAUUCAUGCAUUCAUUCUCCCACCCCUCCCCUAGGAAAGCCCAUAGUUACCAUACCUGUAUUUAAACUCAAGCUGCUUGCAAAACAGAUACUAUUCUGCAGCGACAGUGGACAAUACAAAAAUGGACAGGAAACUACACAAACAGAAGGUAUUUUCUUUACUUAAAUUUUUGAUAGUUUGUAUUUUUUUAACAAAAUUCCAAACCUUUGUUAAAUACAGGCAUUUGGAUAUCUGACUUGUGCAAGAAUGUUCACAGUGAUCUUUAACUUACUUUUUUUCUGAAAAGUUAAACAAUAUAUAUAUCAGAAAAAAUACAUAUAGGUUAAAGGAAGUUGGCUCUUUGAUUUGUAUAUUUUGUUAAACUCCGUUUAUUUGUGCAAUGUCGAAGAUGUUUUCUUGCCUUGUCUCAAAUGAGUAUUCAACCCGUUGAAGAUAUUUUGAAUCAAUUAAAAUAACGCAAACACAUUUCAGCGUGUUAAAAACAAAACAAACAAAAAAAGAUAUCAAUUUGUAGUUUUGUUUAAUGAGAAAAAUAUUAAAAUAAAAAAACAUUUUAAAAAAAACCAUAAAACAGUGCCUGAUGAAAUAUGAUUUAUCUAUAGUUACAGGUAUUUUUUUUUUACUGUAAACAACUGCAAUGUUUGUGGAGUUGUGAGCAUUUUGGUAAAAAUAAAUUAAGGCACUAUAGACUGAAUAGAUACAUAUUAUCCAUGCUGGCUUUACAGACAGUUCACGAGCUUCCCAGAAAAUGUUUCUCAAUAACAUGGUUCUUUUUUUAUAUAAUUUAUUGUAAUUAUCAAUAGAGUUUCAGGAUAAUGAGAAUGACAAAAAGUAGCAUUUACAUAUACUACAGGCGGUGAGCCAAUGUAAAAACGGAACAAUUCAGAUGUAAAGUAAAGUGUUUAAAAUCAGGUUUUUAGCAAUGUGGUAUGCUUCAGGGAAUAUGGCCAUUAAGUACCUACUUAUAAUAUUCAUUGAAACACACGUAUGAAUGAAUCCCAAUGCUAUUUGCCAUGUAGAUUGGUUUUAUUGUUACUUUUAAGGCACAUAGCUUGUAUAAUGUAAAGGUGCUCUUAUAUUUUUGCAUAUUACGAUUUUAAAAAAUCCGAAUUUGAAAAGAAAUGUAAAGCAGUUCUUGUUCUUUUAUGGCGUUUUCAUGUUUGUUCACGGUAUCUCCACACGUUUCAGUUUUGCAUUGGUUAAUGUAGCUUGUAAGGCCAUAUAUAUCUAUAUAUAUCAAGGUAAAACAGGUGUUGUUCCGGACAAAGUACUGCAUAAAGAACGAUUACUUGCACUUAGCACUUUGCUCCAGAAUACUUGUAUUUUGCUUUCAUGAGCAUGUCCCAAGGCAUCUCUGGAGUGUAGUAAACAAUUUGUCCUCAAACAACGCAGUGCCUCAAAAACAUAACAUAACAUUCACGUACUUUUUAACCCCUUAAGGACACAUGACAUGUGUGACAUGUCAUGAUUCCCUUUUAUUCCAGAAGCUUGGUCCUUAAGGGGUUAAAGGUCCCUUACCUGUAGCUUGGAUAACUGGAUUCUUCUGGCUGUUGUUAGAUUGUCAUGCUCAGUACACAACAAUGAGAUUUGUAGCUUAGUAACAUUUGGAGAAAUACAGUUUCCAAAACUGAAUUACUUAGAGUGGUGUCUUCCUUUCUAUUAAUAUGUGUGAGAAUCUUCUGUCGAUCAUUAACGAAAAAAAAACUUAAUAAUGGAAAAUGUGUGUGUGCACGUGUACUGCAGUCAUCUAAAAUGAACAUUCACAUUUAUUUUCAGAUGAGCUAUUAGAAAGGAGAUGGAGCUUUUUUUAAUUAAAUGUUUUGCUUUUUUCCCAUUAAUGGUGUACUGAGAAUUGCUUCUAAAUCUUUGCAAGUAAUUCAGUAUGUCCCAGUCCUGCCUUAGAUUAGGACCCUAGGCUGCAUUAUUACCUGUUCAUUAUAGGAAAUCAUUGCACAUAUGACAACACCAUCCAUGUAACAUAGGAUUGAAAAACACACUCUAUCUGUUAAAAUAAUUGAAACAUACUGUAAUACAUACAUAUCAUUUAACAUCAUUAAUAAUUUUAUUUCAUGUUAUCAUGAAAUAAUAUCUCCAAAUAUUUGAACUUUAUAUUGUUGAACUUUAACUCCAAUAAUUAUCUGCUAAAUACUGUAAGGCAGAGAAUUUUGGGAGUAGUCAUGCAUUAAAAGCUAUUCAAAAAAUUUCUAAUGCUAAAGGGUUCCUUUUUGCCUUUAGAUUAGAUUCCCUCUAGAUUAGCCUCCUAAAAAUAAGUUAUUAACCUUCAAUCCAGCAAUGAGAGGGUUUCCACGCCACGACUCUACUUCGUCUCUAGGAGGUCAUUUUUAGUGAUCUACAGGCCAAUUUAAUAGAUAAGCAUUGGGAGGCAGGGUGCAUGCACAGCAUUCACCACACUAUCCAGGUAAUGCUUCUCAUAGAGGAACAUUGAAAACAAUGAGAAGCCCUCAAUUCAGUGAGGUGAAUGAAGAAAAGAACUCCUAUUCUUAGAACCCUUAGAAACCUUAGUCUGUAACUAUAUGAAAUUAAGCUCCAGAAAGUCAAAGUGGUUUUGGGGUUUGGUAGUUUUAAGCUUUCUCUUGGUACAUUUGAGACUCUCGUGAAACCACAUUACAGUUUACACCGAUUAUCAAAUAUCUAAAGUUUUGUUUUUUUUUACUUACUUUCUGUCUGAAUAUUUGGGGGAUUUAAAUAUAAUUAAAGUCCCUCUUGGGUAUGUCAUGAACUAUAUAUGUUACGAUCUUAGGUUUUCUUUUCCAGAACAUGAAUUGAUGUAGCCCCCAAAUUGAUUUAUGAGCUGUUUGGGUUAUUUCAGUAUUCAAAUAUAAAAUAUAUAUUGAUCUGACUUCGAUCAAGUGUGUUUUACCAGUUCUGUGUAGUUUACUGUGGAUGGAGUUUUAUAUAUCAAUGUAAGUAAAGAUGAAGUCAUGGGAGAUACUUUGUGAUUAACUUUAACAAGUACCUAUGUAAACACUCUGAAUCAGGUAUCUCAAAGUCUGCCCCCCAAUGUUACUGAACGUUAGCUGUCAUGAUUCUCUGACCUUCUAUUGCUUAUGCUUACAAAUAAUUCUGGAAGUUGGAGGCCAUCAACAUCUGGGGGUGGGGCAGAGUUUGAGAUCCCUGCUCUAAAAUAUUAUUGUUACCCUUCUAAAGUACAUGGAAUUCUGAUAACCCUAAGCAGAUCUACUAAAGUGAGUAUAGUGGGGUCUUUAGCAGUAAUGUGAUCAUUACUAUCGGGCCCGUGCGAGACUAUUUUGUACCCUAGGCUAGACCAGCUACUAGCGCCCCCCACCCCCAUCCAAAACAAAAAUUGCCAACUUUGUGUGUCUCUUUCUCUCCUAACUCCUUUGUGUGUCUCUCUUUUCCCUUCCCCAGCCUCUCAAUGUGUCAAGCACACUGCACCCCUCACAUACAUUUAACUCCUCACACAUUGUAAACCCACACACAGUGCACCCCUUACACACACAUUGCAUCUCACAAACACACUGCACCCCUCAUGCACACUGUAACCCUCACACGUGCAUUAGACUCCUCUCACACAGCACCCUAGCCACACAUAUUAGACCCCAGACACAACACUACUGAAACUGACCUGUUAACACAAAACACCAAACCACAAUCAGCUCACUCUACAAACACGCAAUCCCACAAGCAGCCUUAAAAUAAUACGCUUUUCUGGACCUUUUGUCAUCCACAGACCAGUCAUAUGCAAACAUAGCACAAGCGUGUCAUUAUAUGUGCUUGCGCUGCGCCGAACAAAUACAUGGCCUUUUCUCAUGUGAGAGAAGCAGGGCUCUGUACGUUGCACCAACAUGCUCACUUUGAGAGGGGGCAUGCUUGUCAUUGGUGUAGUGCAAUUAUUGGCAUUUGUGCAUUUGUGUAACUAUUGGCAUUUGUGCAAUUAUUAUCAAGAUGAAUGGUAGCUGGUAUUAGCAGCAAUCAAGCUUGCUUUUCCAACAUGUAUUAGUGAUACGCCAGAGCACUAACUAACCACCGGGCUAUCCUACCAUUAUCAGGCUCACUCCAUGCUAACAUAUCCAUUGUGUAUAAUUCUAAAGAUUUUCUUUUCUUUCUGGUCUUCCUUUUAGACUCUAACUGGAACUCUGGUGUUUUCCGUGUGUACGGCGGUACUGUGCUCCCUGCAGUUCGGAUAUGGAAUUGGUGUAAUCAACGCUCCUCAAAAGGUGACUUACUAUGCUUUCUGUAUUUCAGAGCUACAUAAGUAAAAUCAGUACUAACAAAUCAAACAAGAACCGAUGACAGCCUAGUCCUACUGGGUUGAAAUCUCUACCUCUUAUAGUAAAAGACAAAGAAUCAAUUAAACCCUAGCUAUAUGCUAAGAUGGUAACAUACUUUAGAUUAGGGCAUGUAGACUGCUAGUGCUGUGAGAAUGAGCAGCUGUUACUCUUAUCGAGAAAAUAAGUGUGACGAUGCCCAUGUCAUAUCAGAAUGGCUAUAAAUAACUACAACCACAUGACCACCCGUGUUCCUUAACCAUUCAUCAUUGAAACACAGGAGUCUUAUUUUCAUUAGCUUAUUCAUGUUAGUAUGAGGAUUUCCUUAUGUUGUGUAUUUUUGUAGUGUCCAUCAGUUGAUGCUGGUGGAAAACAGGUAGUAACCAAGUAGUUUUACUAAAUCUGCCCUGAUCAUGGAGACUGCGGCUUGAUAACAUCUGAAGGACUAUCGGCCUUUAGUGAAUAUUUAGCCAUAAUCUUUUAUCUUUAAGAACUCAAACUCAUACAAAGUGCACCCUGUGGGGACAUGAAGCACACACUACCUCCCCCCCCCCACCCCCCACCCAAACUCUAGAUUUAGAAGGCAAUCUUCCUAGAAAUCUCAGGUAACGUUUCCGAAAAGAGUCCCAGGGAUGUAAAAAGCUUGCACUCUCAAUCUGUAUAGCAAUCAUAUAAAUUCACAGCCCAUAUUCUGCUUUUUACUGCAUUAAAAAUAAAUCUAGAUUUGUUUUGGUCCCAUUUGUUCCCCCACAAUAUAGACCUAUAUCUCCAAACACAUUCACACUCUUCACCCCUCACAUACAUUGCACCCCUCACACCCAUACACAUUGCACCUCUCUCAUACACACUGCACACCUCACACACAUUGUACCCCUCACACACACUGCACUCCUCACACACAUUGCUACCAAUGUAUAUCUACAUUAUUGCUUUACAAUAGCAGCACUUAUCAGUCACUGACAGUCUUGCGUUAUCAAAAAACACUUUGCUAAUUGUUGUGUAUUUCUUAAAGGGACACUGUAGACAUCCAGACCAAUUCAGCUCAUUGAAUUGGUGUGGGUGCUGUGUCCCUUUUGCACCUAGUGCUGCAAUGUAAACAUUGCAGUUCCAGAGAACUGCAAUGUUUACAUUGCAGCACUAAGUCUGCCCUCAGUGACAGUCUACCAGGCUGCCACUGGAGGCGCUUCUGGAAUCCAAACGGACUUUUGGUCCGUUAUCUAACACUCUGCAUGAGGACCUCCCGCAUAGGAAAGUAUUGAAUAAUGCUCUCUUAUGGGGAAGUCUAAUACAUGCGCGGAUGUUGGAGGGGGAGGAGCGUGGGCGGAGUCUGACCCAGUGCCAAGGGACAUCAGCAAUGGAUUCAGUUAAGUGGCUAAAAAUUAGGCUUGCCCAAUAUUGUAGCCAUGGUAGAAUACACAAUCCAAUAUAUAAUACAGUGGUAUUCUAUUUAUUUUGAAGUAUUCACUUUUUAAGACAUUUAAAGUUGUCAGACAUAACAAAUGUUUACUUGCAACACAUUAUAAGAAUUGCAUAGAAAACAGUCACUUGUUUGGCUGAUUAAGUAACCAGUAUUUGUUUUAUAUGUAAAAUCUGUUUAUAUAUUCUGAAAUAAUUCCUAAUAAGUAUAACACGGCACUGGACAACCAAACUCUUUCCUUUCCGAAAUGAAGCCCUAACCUCUAUAAUACUCAAGUAUAAUAUUGGUAUCUUGUUAUAUAUUUUAAACAAAAUGUAAUUAUUUCUCCAAACAGGUCAUUGAAACUCACUAUGCUCGGGUGUUAGAGGUAAAGAUGCCAGACAUUAAUGUAAACGGGACAGCUGAUGAGCCUGUACCAUCGUCUGUGACCAUGUACUGGUCCCUCUCUGUGUCCAUAUUUUCUCUUGGUGGCAUGGUGUCGUCGUUUUUUGUUGGAUGGAUAGCAGAUAAACUUGGCAGGUCGGUGAAACACAAAACAUGGACUCCUCUAUUAAUUUUUGAACUGAAUGACAGAAAUUCUAGAAAUAUUCUUGUGGAAGCUUUAAAAUCUAUUUUGUACCUUUAUCUCCAUAUAUAAUAAUAAAUAUGUAAUAAUAUUUGUAUUCGUACAUUAAUGAUUAGGGUGCUAAUAUGUUCUGUAAAGGAUAUGCUAUAAUAACAGGUUAAUCAAUCUCUGAACUACUGACCUUGAUUUUUUUUAAAUGAUGUUUCCACUAGGAUCAAAGCUAUGAUGGUGGUAAACAUUUUGGCAGUAAUUGGAGCUCUCCUCAUGGGCUUGGCACCAUUGGGACAGGCACACGCUCUUGUUAUUGCUGGGAGAUUGAUUACAGGAUUCUACUGUGGUAAGUAAGACAUUGCUCAAAACAUGAAUGCAAUCUGACAAUAUAUGCAAUAAUCACAAAUAUAUGUAUUAUUACAAUCUAGAUUGUAAAUUCCAAUGAGAAUAAGGCCCUCAACUCCACCUAUAUUGGUGUUGACAAAUUUUGCAUUGUCUCAGAUGUAUUGUAUAUUUUGUCUCUUUACUUGUGCCAAUUGUACUCAUGUGUACAGCACUGUGGAAUAUGUUGGUGCUUUACAAACAAAGUAUCAUAAUAAAAUAAUAUAAUAAUUACCAUACACUGCACAUCAAUAGAUUUAUUGAGGUCCCACAAGAAUCAACAAUUCAACCCUAACAUAAGAACUUUAUAAAGAUACAAAAUGUAACUUUUCUUUUGACAGAAUUAAUAUACAUGGAUACAUUUUAUUAAACAAUUUAAUAAAAUUAAUAUAUUAAUUUAGUAAAUUAGUAAAAGUUGCAUUCAGUACUUACACUCUUUGAUACCAGUGGAUUUGCUAAAAAAAAAUAAUUUUAAAGUGUUAGUUCUAGAAGCCAAUGUAAAAACAUAAAUUUUCAUUAAUUUCUGUUUAUGGACAGAAAAAAAAGUCACAUUUUAGCUACAAGAUUAUUAAGUUAAAAAUGUAUUGGUAAAAUUAUGCCUAUUCUAUUUGACGAAUUUCCCACACAUAUGCCAUAUCUAAUAAUUCCCCUAAGCAAUUGUGCCUAUCCAGCAUCUGAUUGCCAUACUUCCCCAACUUGCCUCAUAUGUUGUGAUAUUGCCCCACAUACUGCCCUCAUGUGUUGGGAUAUUGCCCCUGACUUUUCCCCAGCUGUAGUCAUAUUGCCAUCCGAAGUGUCCUCCAUGUUAUAUGUCACACACCAGGAAACAAAGAUAUCUGGAAAUACAAACAUACACACAGAAGAAGACAACCACAGAAUGAGACAAAGACACACUAGGUAAACAUUCCAGGGGGACACAGACAAACUGGAAAAUAGAACUGCAGCACUGCAAGCAGAAUCUCCAGAAUCUACACUACAUAUCCCCUCUAGACACACACCACAUCCCCUCUACACAAACACGCACACUCUAUAGCCUCUACAUACACUACAUCCCAUAUACACACACAUACACUACAGCCCCCUACAUCCACACUUCAUCUGUCCACUAUACACACACUGUACCCCUUACACAACCACUACAGCACCUAUACACAUACACACUCUCACUCUCUACAGUCCCUAGACAUGCACCAUGCACACAACAGUCCCUAGCCACACAUACAACACCACAAAUGCAACUGAAAGCAACCUAUUUACACAAAACACUACAUCACAAACAGCUCACUCUACACACAUGCAAUCCCACAAGCAGCCUCCAAAUACACGCACUAUACUAUUUCCUGACCUUUUGUCCUAAUAAGCCAAGUAUGGAGAAACCAGAGACAGGUCACAAGCAAACAAAAUUAAUGACAUGCCUGUGCUGUGCAGAACAAACACAAGGCCUUUUUACCAUGUGAGAGCUUUUCAUCAGAUCUCUAUGCAUGGGCUGGAAGAGCAUUAAACUAACAUGCUGACUUUGGGAGGACAUGUUUGUCUUUGGUGAUGACACAACAACAUUGUAUCUGGUUUAACCCCUUCCUACUGAGUCUCUGUGAUAAAAAAAAAUCAAAAAAAAAAAUCGCAGGGCAAUUUUUUUGCCAGUCUGGCCCUCCCAUCAAGGUCCUAUAAUUCCUAUAAUUCCUGUCACUAAAGGUACUGAAUAGUGAUUACAACAGGGGAUUACUGACAAUAAAAUUAAAGAAAAGACCAGACGCAUGCUAUAAAAUAUAACAUUUUUCUUUCUAUUAGUAAAGUACCUGUGAUUUAAAUGGACAAUUCACGUAGAUAGUCACUUAAAAAAUUAUUAUAACUAUCUGGCAUAGCACAAAAUCACAGUUUUAUACAUUGUUUAUACUGUUGCUAUAACCUGCGAAGACCAAUCAGCAAGGUGUGGUUGUGGUUGCUAUGGUGACAGCUUACACAUCAUGUGUUUCUGUGCUUAUUAGCAAGGGGCCAAUCUGCAACUGUUUGGUAUCUUUGCGAGUAGAUACUAUUGGCAGUCAGCUGGUAAAAAAAAAUAGAAAAGGUUACCAUUUGGUAAUUUUCAGCCACUGUUAGCUACCAGCUGUUGUUAAUAGCUACAGAUUACAGCGGCUACUUACUCUCUAAAAUGGAAACAUGCCCCAAGUGUCUACCAUUUAUUUCAACGAAUUGUCUUGGAGAAUGUUUUCUAGAUAAUAUGUUCUACCGAUAAUAAAUACUAUGAUAUUAAUAAUGUUUUUUUGCAUAUUCAUUGAGAUCUGAUUGUAACCCACCUAUCUAUUUGACAAUGCAAAGGACAUAGAGCUUAUAAUAAAUAUUGUUCAUUAUCAUAAUUGUUCAUAUUAAGCCCUGUAUCUAUCUAUUUCACCAGGUCUGGCAUCAGGACUAGUUCCAAUAUACGUUGGAGAGAUCUCUCCCACUGCAUUAAGAGGAGCUCUGGGAACUAUGCACCAACUUGCUAUUGUUACAGGAAUCCUUAUAAGUCAGGUACGCUUACAUGGAAACUGUGAUAGCCGGGCUUAAAAAUAGUAAAUGAUUCUGUGUGCAACUGCAUCGCCCACUAUCCUUAUACAGAUAAAGAUGAUGAAAUGAACCAUUUAAAUAACUCGGGAGUUGUUGUGGUAUUAACAAUGAGCUUUGGGCUAUAUGUUAUAAAAAAAAAAAAAAAGAUUAUUUAGAUAUGAACACUAGGAAAAUGGUGGCCUUUAAAUUGUAAUAAUACUAUUGGCUAUCUGCUAGUGAAAUGACUAACCAGCACCAUUGCAAAAUCCAGACAGCUGCAGAAUAUUUACUCCAGGCAUUGAUCAAAAUAUAACAAUAUGACGUGGGAUGUUAAGAGAGGUUAAAACUCUCCAAUGUAUUGACGCAAGGCAAUAAAAAGACUGUACAGCAUAGCUAUCUCAUUGUUGUGACUUUGUAAACUUUUCUUAAUAUGCUGAGAUAAAGAGACUUGUUUAUCCUAUUGGCCUGAAAGUGUUCAGGAAUGCAAUAUCUCAAGCACUCACUCCAUACUUGCAUCUCAUUAACUUUAGUGUAGUUCUUCAACUACUGAAUACAAGAUUUUGUGUACAGAAUAAGGAAAUGUCUAAAUUCUGGACUGUUGAUACGUGUGUGUGUUGUAAACACUGCGCUAGGGGUUGAUAGAUUUACAAUCACCACAUAGCUUUAAUUUACCAAUAAACACUGUAAAAAAAAAUCAUAUUUACAAUCAUAAUUGUAUAUCGGGUAUUUUAAAUGGUUCAUAUACUGAGGGUGAAACUAUUUAUAUAUACUAUUUGUUCUGUUAACAGUUUUUUUUCUUGUAACACCUAUAGGUUAUUGGACUGGACUUUAUCCUGGGCAGUAAGGAUUUAUGGCCGGUGUUACUUGGUAUUUCGGGGAUCCCUGCGAUUAUUCAGACAAUCCUACUCUUCUUUUGCCCAGAAAGUCCCAGAUUUCUUUAUAUCAAUCUUGGCAAGGAGGAAGCAGCAAAACAGAGUAAGUUAUUUAUUUACCAAUUAAAACAUAAACACAUAAUUUUAAUCUUUACAAAUGUUUGUUCAGAUACUCUGCACCACCAAUAUAAACUCUUGAUUAAUGUUUUAUCUAUGGAGUCUAAUAUCAUCAGUCAAUGGGGGUCAAUAGUCAAUCAAGAUGGAAGAAAGUAAGCAAAUAAUAUAAGAGUUAAAUUUGUAGAAUGCACAAAGAGUUCUAUUUCUGGAAUUUAUAAACAGUUCAAUUUAUAGAAUUCACAAAGAGUUCAAUUUGUAGAAUUCACAAAGAGUUCAUUUUGUAGAAUUCACAUAGAGUUCGAUUUGUAGAAUGCACAAAGAGUUCAAUUUGUAGAAUUUAUAAACUGUUCAAUUUAUAGAAUUCACAAAGAGUUAAGUUUAUAAAAAUUCACAAAUAGUACAAUUUGCAGAAUUGUCAUCUUGCAAAACAUUCUUGAAAGGUUAGCUCAGAUCAAUGCUCCUUAGGGCUCCAUGCUGGAUAUUAAAUCCUCAGUAAUAUGUCAUUCACUUAAAAUUCACCUGCUAAUAGCUCAAAUAAAGGCUAUAUUACAACUGGAGAAUAUGCUCUUUGCAUUUUGCUUCAAACAUGUAAAAUGAGAUAUAUUUUGGAGAUGUUAUUGGCAUGAUGUGUACAUUGAUUGGAUAUAUACGGAAUGAUAGAGAGGGCUGUGAGGCACUGGUUAGGACUGAGGAAAGGUAUUUUGUGGUAUAGGGUAGAGGACAACAAUGGCUGACUUUGUCAGUGUGUAAUUAUAAGAUACUUUUCCCAUCAUGCUCGCCCAGUUAUCUCAUAUACAGAUGGGGUGAAAAGGUUUGCCUGCGAAUGUAAUAACUGAAAUUAAGUAUUAAUAUCCUUUAUAACUUUGUUUUUUUAAUUCAAACCAAUAGAUGAGAUCAAACCAUAGCAUACAAAGUCACUUAGCAUAAUAAUGGCAGUCCAAUUUAUUGUCAUUCAGAAUUUUGUUUUAUUUAUCAUAUUGUUAUGUCAUUCCCAAGAGUGUAGUAGUAUUGGCUGGAACUCUGAUUUGAUCCAAUCUGUCAAGUUACUGUGUUACCUUUGCACCUAAAGAUACAACUUACUAAGGUAGACAAUAGUGUUGACCAACUUAUCUUAAAGACACAUUUCCUAUUCCUGAGUGAGUCUUGACUAAAUAUUGUUUAGCAACUUAUCUUAAAGACACAUUUACUAUUCCUAAGUUACACUUGACUAAGUGUGUUUAUCAGCUUAGCUGAAAGACAGAUUUUCUAGUUCUGUGUGAGACUUGGCUAAAAUGUUUACUACUGGGAUAGGCAAUCACUGUGAUUAGACAUGUUGUUUGCUACAUCGAGAGUCAACAAAAUCUGGAAUGGGGGAUCAUGCCUGACCCUGGAAAAGAUUAAAAGUGUAGAGGGUUUUCAGAUUUGUAGAUCCGACCACUUUACCUAUAUAUAUAUAUAUAUAUAUAUAUAUAUAUAUAUAUAUAUAUAGGUAAAGUGGUCGGAUAUAUAUAUAUACACUCACACAAUCCAUUCAAACUAUGUUUAGACUUCAUUAUUAUUAAUUGUAGCAGUUCCCAAUGCUGGAUAUCACAAAGUUGGUAAUCUUAACUUAUUUAAACUACAGUCAAGUCCAUAAAUAUUGGGACAUCGACACAAUUCUAAUCUUUUUGGCUCUAUACACCACCACAAUGGAUUUGAAAUGAAAUGAACAAGGUGUGCUUUAACUGCAGACUUUCAGAUUUAAUUUGAGGGUAUUUACAUCCAAAUCAGGUGAACGGUGUAGGAAUUACAACAGUUUAUAUAUGUGCCUCCCACUUUUCAAGGGACCAAAAGUAAUGGGACAGUUGGCUGCUCAGCUGUUCCAUGGCCAGGUGUGUGUUAUUCCCUCAUUGUCCCAUUUACAAGGAGCAGAUAAAAGGUCCAGAGUUCAUUUCAAGUGUGCUAUUUGCAUUUGGAAUCUGUUGCUGUCAACUCUCAAUAUGAGAUCCAAAGAGCCGUCACUAUCAGUGAAGCAAGCCAUCAUUUGGCUGAAAAAACAAAACAACCCCAUCAGAGAGAUAGCAAAAACAUUAGGUGUGGCCAAAUCAACUGUUUGGAACAUCCUUAAAAAGAAAGAACGCACUGGUGAGCUCCGCAACACCGAAAGACCCGGAAGACCACGGAAAACAACUGUGGUGGAUGACCGAAGAAUUCUUUCCUUGGUGAAGAAAACACCCUUCACAACAGUUGGCCAGAUCAAGAACACUCUCCAGGAGGUAGGUGUAUGUGUGUCAAAGUGAACAACCAGGAGAAGACUUCACCAGAGUGAAUACAGAGGGUCCACCCCAAUAAAAACAUUGGUGAGCCUCAAAAACAGGAAGGCCAGAUUAGAGUUUGCCAAACAACAUCUAAAAAAGCCUUCACAGUUCUGGAACAACAUCCUAUGGACAGAUGAGACCAAGAUCAACUUGUACCAGAGUGAUGGGAAGAGAAGAGUAUGGAGAAGGAAAGGAACUGAUCCAAAGCAUACCACCUCAUCAGUAGUGUCAUGGCGUGGGCAUGUAUGGCUGCCAAUGGAACUGGUUCUCUUGUAUUUAAUGAUGAUGUGACUGCUGACAAAAGCAGCCGGAUGAAUUCUGAAGUGUUUCAGGCAAUAUUAUCUGCCCAUAUUCAGCCAAGUGCUUCAGAACUCAUUGGACAGCGCUUCACAGUGCAGAUGGACAAUGACCCGAAGCAUACUGCAAAAGCAACCAAAGAGUUUUUUAAGGGAAAGAAGUGGAAUGUUAUGCAAUGGCCAGGUCAAUUACCUGACCUGAAUCCGAUUGAGCAUGCAUUUCACUUGAUGAAGACAAAACUGAAGGGAAAAUGCCCCAAGAACAAGCAGGAACUGAAGACAGUUGAAGUAGAGGCCUGGCAGAGCAUCACCAGGGAUGAAACCCAGUGUCUGGUGAUGUAUAUGCGUUCCACACUUCAGGCUGUAAUUGACUGCAAAGGAUUUGCAUGUAUUAAAAAGUGAAAGUUUGAUUUAAGACUGUUAAUCUGUCCCAUUACUUUUGGUCCCUUGAAAAGUGGGAGGCACAUAUACAAACUGUUGUAAUUCCUACACCGUUCACCUGAUUUGGAUGUAAAUACCCUCAAAUUAAAGCUGAAAGUCUGCAGUUAAAGCACAUAUUGUUUGUUUCAUUUCAAACACAUUGUGUUGGUGUAUAGAGCCAAAAAGAUUAGAAUUGUGUCGCUGUCCCAAUAUUUAUGGACCUGGCUGUAUAUUUAUGGUGCUGUUGAUGUGAUAUUGAGGAGCUUGUGUAUAUAGCUUGCAAUGACUGCCAACCUGAGUAUACAUUAGUUAGCGGCCAAGUUGUGGUACCAUAGUCUGCUGUAAAGAAGCAUUGUGUAAUUUAGUCACAUGGAAUGCUCCCUAGCUAUAGAGCUACAAUUCAUGCAAUAUCUGUAAAACCCAUAGGCGUGCGCACGGGGUGUGCCUGGGCACACCCUAAUCCCGCGGCACGCCUAUGUAUAUUGAGACCGGCAGGAGAGAUCUCAGGAUCUCCCCUGUCGGCUCAUGCAGAGCCGGCGCUAUCCGAGCGCCGGCUCUGCUCUCAGCCUCCCUCCCCACUGACCCACAUGCAGGGAGGGAGGCAAGAGAGGACCCGGCGGAGCUAUUGCCGGCAGCUCCGCCGGGUUCCUCUAGCGAGAUAUGAGCGUUGCCACGGCAACGCUCAAAUCUCGCGAGAGUGAACUCUAGCCCCACAGGGGGCUAGAGUUCACUCUCCACUGGACCACCAGGGAUGGAAUCAGCAGCACGAUCCCCCCUCCCUACAAAAGGUAAGAAGGGAGGGGGGAUAGCAAGUAAUGUACCCCCACAAUCACCCACACACAUACAGCACACACACAUACAGCACCCACAGACAUACACAGCACCCACAGACAUACACAGCACCCUCAGACAUACACAGCACCCUCAGACAUACACAGCACCCUCACACUCACACAGCACACUAACAGUACCCUCACAAACAGGACCCUAACAAACACAGCACACUACCAGUACCCUCACACACAAACAGCACCCUCACACACAGUACAUUAACAGCAUCCUCGCACACAGUACAUUAACAGCAUCCUCACACACAGUACAUUAACAGCAUCCUCACAAGCACGCACACAAACACCCUCACCCACACAUCACACUAACAGCACCCUCACACAGCACACACACACACACACACAGCAGUGUGUGUAUAUAUGUGUAUGUGUGUGUGUGUGUGUGUGUGUGUAUAUAUAUAUAUAUAUAUAUACGUGGCGUGUGCUUGGGCUUUAGGGUGCACACCCUAAUGCAAUAGGCUGCGCACGCCUAUGGUAAAACCUAUGAGUUCCAGUCCAAGAACAGCUUUAAAAUCAUAAUUAAUUUGUUGGGAAAUACAAAGGAUGUUACAACUUGACUACUUUAUGUAAAGUUCAUGGCUGGUUCACUUUUUUGGUUCAGGUUUUUGUAACUAAAUAUUUUCCCUUUCUCUGGUGCUGUUGUGACCAUCACCACCCAGUUUAUUAGUGUCACACCUGCUGUGACACCCUUCUCCUCCAGCACCUGCCCACUUUUUGUUUGAUUGGGCAUUUUCAAGAAGUACAGUUUUACUUCCCAAAGCAGAGUGCAUCUCUCCAUCCAUUCUAGCACAUCGACAUAUUAAUGGAGUCUCUGGAAAAGUGAGACACUUGUAGUCUUGCAGGAAUGAUCCCAGUAACUACACACAUAAACUGCAGCUGCUGUAAAGGAGAGCAGGAAAAUAUGCCUGUAGAAGGCAAAUCAUGCUCAUCACUUACCAAUCAACUCUUGGCACACACAUUAUGCAACUGACAUAGUAGAUUAUGCAAAGAAUGGAUUCACAGACAGGGAGAGGUGAAAUAAUAUAUUUUAGAUUUUUUUUGUAAAAUGUAUAUUUUCUAAGAAUUCUGAAAAGUAAAGAUCAUCAUACUGCUCUGCUGAAUAUAUUUGUAAUUUGUAAAAAAAAAAAUAAUAAAAAAAUACAUAACAGAUGUACUUAAACAAAGUUGUGCCAUGGAAAUAAUUCUAUAGACACACAUUUAGAUGUUACUCAUCUUUGAAUGAGCUAAAAAAUAAAGUAAUAUAAAAUCUUUCUCAAAGAACCAGCCUUAUUUCUUAUGAAUAAACUUCAACUUAUUCUUAAAGGAGAGACCAGGAAGGCAUGAUAAAAUGUGCUCUUUGGACUUUGUGUCAGAGCUUGCUUAGUAAUACCCCUGUAAAAUUGAUUGCCUUUUAUUGAUGUCCUUUAUUUUAGUUCAGACAUGUAACCCUUUAAGUGUAUCACAUUACAAUAGAAAACCUGAGUAAAGAUUACAAAUAUUUGAAUCAUGCAACCUGCCUAUCACACAUUUAUACUUUUCCACUCUAACAUUAGAAAUACAAACAUUUCUGGAUUUAUGGGUCCUCCUGUGAAAACCUUGUAAAGGGAGCAUUAAAGGAGCACUCUAACAUUAGAAAUACAAACAUUUCCGGAUUUAUGGGUCCCCCUGUAAGAGAUGCGUUAAUUAAUUUUACUAUGCUUUUUCCCUCUCCAUGCAAAAGUCGCCACUCUCCCUCUCGCUAAUAUCAUCAUUACGGAUCUCAGCCAAUCCAGUGUUUCUCUAGAGAUAUGCAUUGGAGGAUUACUUUGCAUAACUGGCAAUCUCUAUGCUACAACAAUCAACGUAGUGGCAGAACUAAUGUAGAGAAAGCUCUGGUGCAUGAAUUCUUUAGGAUCACCCUCUAUCACAAGUGUGGCCAAAUGGUAGAUCCCCAUUUGUCGUACAACUCCCACAGUGCACUCCCAUCUGGGAAUUUACCAUUUGCACAUUCUUGCAGGGUUGUAUUUAGCACUGAAUCAAUUAUUCUGAAUCAAUAAUAAUACAACACAAGAGCACAUCAGAUUUAAAAAAAUAUAUGUUCAAACUUUAUUAUUAUGUUAUUUUAUUUUAUUAUUAUUAUUUAUUAGUGAACAGAUAAAGAUAAACAGUAUAAAGCCAUCAUUAGGGAAAUGACAUAACAACGAAUGUUGCCUCUUAGAAAUCAGGCUAGUAUCUUAAUGUGCGGUAUUCUGUGUAAUGAAGGAGACUACAUCAUCAGACAAUACAUGGUGUUUUAACUAGAACCCAAAAUGUACAAAUAAUAACAGAAAUGACAGAAAAUAUGAAAUACUGUCAAAGAGACACAAAACACAAAAAAUGAAUGAAAUUAAUUCAUAAAAAAUAUAUUUACAGAAAAUGCAAAUGUGAAAGAUGAUGCAAAAAAAUUUAAAAAUAGAAUAUAAAAAAUGAAAAUAAAUGCAAAUAUAAAAAAAUUAAUAACAAUCCAAGAAUUACAAAAAAAAGAAUGCAAACUAUCACAAAAGAUAUAUAAAAUGUAAGCAAGCAUCAAUAACAUAAUAACAAACCACAAAAUAAACCUGUGUCACCACAUACAACAUGAAUGCUUUUACAUGUCACCUAGUAUAUAUAGUACAGGUAUUGUCAAGUCAUAACGAAAAAAUAUUUAUUACAAAUUACAAAAUGAAUAAACCAUUGAUAUCUACUAAAUAUUAACUGAUAUAAUGAAAGUAAUAUAAAAUAAGUAAAAAAUACUUGGGAUAAUCCAAUCCAAAAGAAAUGGACUAAGACCAACAUGUUCCCUUUGGAUAACCAAAAAUUUGAGAAAAAAAACGUGUUCCAGUCCAAGCACUCCUUGUUGCGGCUCCCGGGCUGCCGCAUGGCGCAGCCGUGCCCGACUGGCACGACCACGCCGAUAUUGCGAGCUUACCUGAUCGCCGGGAACUGCUCCUCCGCGUCUUCUGGGCGUUGCGCCCAAAUCAAAGAUGGCGCUGACCACAUGGUCGCACACACCACAAGCUCUGCCACUCAAAUAUAGACGGACGUGCGCGUGACGUCACGACGUCAACGCACGCGCACGUUCUGGGGUUGUUCUGACCAAUCAGAGCCCAGAGAGGGAUAUUUAAAUCCCUAAUUCACUCCAGGUCCUUGCCCUGUCGUGGUUUCCUGUUCCUUGUUCCAGAGAGUGUGUUUAUCUUUGUGAAUAUUACUUCCUGGUAUCCUGAUCUUGGCUUUUCCCUGGUUAUUCCGAAUUCUGGUUCCCUUGACUUGGCUUGUUUAAACGGUAUCUGAGUAUUUCUGGCUUCCUUGACCUCGGCUUUCCCUUUGACCAUUCUCUAUCUCUAGCUUAUUAGUUCGGCCAUUCUAAGGUCCGGUUUAUGCUCUGUCCUUUUAUUUCCUUUCCUUUUUUAUGUAUAUGUUUACAUAGUUUCUGCAUGUUGGACCACACGAGCAGCCGUGACACUACUCCAUUUCAGGACCUGAAGACGCAGGAGCAGAAUUGCUGCAUACGAUCCAUUCCCCAGAAAAAAAUAACACUAUCUAAAAGAAUAAAAGAAAUCACAAUAAUAACAUAAAAUAUACUCAACAGACAGAGGAGAAGAAGCAGAACAACUUAGAAAAAUGUUCAGCGCUUGAAAUGUCACAAUCCUCAUUUAGGCCAUGUGGAAAUAGAGCAUCCAAUUUCUAUAUCCUAAACAACUCCCUUUGUUUGAGGGUAACUGAUAAUGACCAACCAGCACAUGGUUUAUUAGUCCGUUUAUUGGUCUGAAAUCUCAUUUGAGAAACAACGUGCCCAUGCUCCAUGGAAGUCCUGGUCACUGGGUAAUGUGUUUUAUUGGUACGUAUCGUGCUCACCAAUCCAGAUGGUUAAACAUCUUGUGGUCUGUCCAACAUUACCCAAUCCACAAGGGCACUCUAUCAGAUAUAUAACAUGAUCUGAUCAACAAUUUAAAAACUCAGGAAUGUCAAACCGUUUGCCUGAUUUGGUGUGGAUAAAUUGUGAUAAAAUCGUAACAUUGUUACAGUUGACACAAUGCCCACAUCUGUACAUUCCCUAAAUGGGAGUUAGCCAGGAACUCACUGCAUUCUUAGCCCUUUGAUCUUUUUAAAUAUGGAGAACCAACUUUUGAUAUUUUUGGGAUCAUCUGUAUGACAUAAUAAGUUGUUCUUUAAAAACAUGGCCGAGCCUAGGAUCACUUUGAAGUACAUGGCAGUGCCUAUUAAUAAUAUGCCAAACAUAUUCUGACCUCUUAGAGUAUGUAGUGACACAUGGAAUACGAUUAGUCCUAGAUCUUGUUUUCUCAGGUCUUAGGAAUUUAUUCCUAUCCAUCAUUCAUACCUUCUCAAGAUAUUGUCUUAGGUCAUCAGUGUUGUAGCCACAAGAGACAAAAUUUGUAGUCAUUUUGGUGAUUUGUGCAUCAAAAUUGUCAUCCAUGGACACAAUACGUCUCACUCAUAAGAAUUGACUGUAUUGAAGUCCACAAACCAUACUUGGUGGAUUAAACAAUUGUGCCAUAAGAAAGCCACUUUUCAGUAGGUUUUUGAUAUAAAUCAAAGACAAACAUUUCAUCAUUGAUUUUCACCAACACAACCCAAAAAAUUUAUUACCUUUCCAUUGUGAAGUGGAUGCUGGGGAUUUGUUGGUCUAAAUAUGAUUUGAAACAUAUUAAUGCCUUCUCAUGCCACUCCAUAUGUUAUAUGUGAUUUUCAAUGUUUUAUUCAAUCAUAUAAUUUAUAGAGAAGUGACAGUCCCUCUUUAAAAUAUAUAUUUUUUUGUAGCUAUGGCAAUAAAGCAUCUUUACCUAUCAACAUCAUAGCCUUGAGUCACAUGGAUACAGGCUACAAAUAAUCAGUCCUGUAGAUAAUAUAGAUAUUGCCAAAUGUAGUUCAUUUUACAGUUAUUACUGGACCAUGUUUUGGCAUUCACAAAUAAGAGGGAAGCAGCCUGGUUUAUUUUUAAUGGGGUUUAUUCACUUACUAAGUAACUUGAAAUUUAAGAACUGAAUAACCAAUCUGAAAAAUAGCAUCGGAAAUUAAUGGGAAAAAAAUUAAGAAAACUCAUUGUUAAUUUAUCACUAUUCACAGUUUAGUAAAUUAAUCUUCAUUGGUUGAUAUUGAGAAACAAUAGGUGAAACAUCUACAGUUGGUGUCUUAAAGGUUAAAAAGCACAGUAAUUGUACAAUACAGACAAAGAAGAUGAACAGCAUACUUGGGAUAACUACAACUUGUUUUUUUUCCAAGUGCUAGGUUCAAAGUAUAGUGUAUUUUAUCAAGUUUCUCAGCAAACAACUUACCACUGCCUGUGUGCAUGACCUCUGGUUAAAAGUUAACAAAGAUAGCAUGCUAAAAUCAGAAAACACCAAGCUAUCCUGUCUUUAAAAAUAAAUGAUGAUUAACACAUAAAAAUGUUCUGAUUUAAAAUGUGAUUUCGAUUACUGAAAUUUACAGAGAAACUACAAGUUGACAAAUAAAAUGUGAAGCUAAAAAAUCCCUCUAACAGUUCAAUGUCAUGUAGGAAAAAAAUAUGAAAAUAGCGUGAAUAGCUAAGUAAAACACCACUAAAUCAUGACGUGUCAUAUAUUUCUAAGUUCACAAACAACUAGAUAAAUGUAAAAGAUAAGACAAAAAAGUAACACAGAUCAUGUAAGUAGCACAUAUAACGUACUUAAUAAUAUUUUCUGGACAUGUAUGUCCCUCAAGCCUCCUCCUGCCUGACAGGUUGUGAUAUUUUUGUGUUUUUAAGUAUUCGUUAAAAACAGAACAAGAGGUACAGUUCCACUGGGUUUAUAGGGGCUGAUAGAAAUCUAAAGCCAAACUGUUUCUAAAACUGCUAAUACAAUAUACCUCACAAUUCAAUAACAUAAUCUCAAUACAGCUGAAGCUUGGCCUAUGCAAUGCUGUGCAUUUUAUCUAUAAUACGGGUCAUUUUACUAUUCUCCUUACACUAUUGUGCUGACUCAUUCUAUAACUACUCUCCUUGGAGGUUUUGGGCACUAUACAGAAUACCUAAACAUGGCCAUAGCCUGUCUUUGUAUUGUACCUGUGGCAAAACUACUGCCCGCAUGCUAUGGAGGUCCCACCAACUGGCUUAGGGACCUAGGACCACCCGAUGGGUAUUGUUGUUUGAUAUAUAUGUGUAUCUGUGUGUUAAUGUGUAUCUAUAUCUGUGAAAGUAUGUAUGUGGCAGUAUAUGUGCAUACAUCCAAGCAAUCAAACACCAACAAAACAUGCAAACACACCCCUGCAAUCAAAUACAAACAUUACAUCCAAACACACCUCUGCAUUCAAACUCCAAAAUUAUAUGCAAACACUUUCCUUCACUCAAACACCCAUGCUACACACAAAUGUAUAUCUGCAUUUAAGAGCCAACAUUACAUCCAAACACACCCCUGCAAUCAAAUGCAAACAUUACAUACAAACACCCCCUGUAUUAAACCACUAAAAUAUAUACAAGCACCCCUUCAAUUAAAAACACUAACACUACACAAAAAAGCAUACCUACACAUACACACAUACAUACAAAGACACAUACAUACAAACAGACAGGCACACAUAAAGACAGAAACCAAAAGGAAAUCAGCGCUAAUUAACAAACAAUAUAUAGAUAGGCAGCAACCCAAACAAAGGAGACCCCUCAAAUCCUUCAACAGAUGAAACAAUACAAAGAGAUGGGGUAGGGGUGCGCCAGCGGAAAAGUAAAAUAACGUAAAAUAGUCCAGAAGAGUCUCACUAGAGCAACAAUGCUUGAUGGGAUAUAGAUGAGUAGUUGUUACAGUAGGGGUGCGUCCUAGUGUCUCAGGGUAUUCGCAUAUGUGAAAGACAGAGAUACAGGAACAACCAGUAGUGCGGUACGUUUAAAAUUCAAAGGGUAAAAUAGUAGUAGAAGGUAGAAAACUCACAUUUAAAAGAGCUAUGGCCAGCUCUGGUGUAGAGUGUACAAUGGUAUAAUCCCCGCUGCUGGGAUGUGUAAAAGAAAUGCGUCUAUCAGCUCCGUCUGGUCAUCCGAAGAUUUAAAAGAGCUGUGAUGGCCAGCUAUGGUGUGAACAGCAUACACUGGUAUAAUCCCAGCUGCUGGGAUGUGUAAAGGAAAUGCGUCUAUCAGCGCCGUCUGGUCAUCCGAAGCUCCAGGGUAAAUAAAAAUAGUGCUCUCAAUUUGAUAAAAGUAAGUAAAAGUAACUAGAGUAAUACUUACAGGUAUAGAGCAGAAAAUACUGUUCUUUUAAUAAAGCGUUGGUGGUAUGAUCCCCACCUGGAAUUUCUAUAACUGCAGGAACAAUAAUAAAAAGCCAGGAAAGUAAAAAUAGUAGAAGUGCAUAAAAAUACAAUAAAAAUAGAAUUGGCACAGUAAAGUAACCAAAAACCUUUAAUUGAUCUAAAAUACACAAUUUAAAAUAACCAUUACGCGUUUCACCAAAAAGGCUUUCUCAAAUGGCAUACAUACAGACAGACAGAUACACAUACAAAGAUACAUACAUACCAACAGACAGGCACACAUACAUACAGAGUAAUAAAUCACACAAGUAAUAUUAUGGCGCUGAAUUAUAAAACAACAAUAAUUAGUGAAAAAAUGUAAAAAUAAAGUGCGCUGUGCCUUUAAGACCCAAAGUAAUUUUAAACAGUGAAAAUAAUUUGUGCAAUGCUGUGCAACUAAAGUGAUCAAGUGCAUCAAUGUGCAACACACUUAAAUAUAUAAAUAUAAAAAAUGUGCAAACCAAAAUAUUUCUUUGUGCAACAAAUUUUGUACAAAAAGACAAUACUUAGCUUUCCCAAUUAUGGAAUUUGCCUUAAAAUUUCGGUCAGCGCUGGGCGCUUUAACAGUGCGACCGGGCCCCCUGACAAUCCAUCUCCAUCGGGUGGUCCUAACAGCAUGGGCCACCCGAUGGACCCCUUGGACGGUGGCCCCGGCGGUUUGCCUCGUGGGCCGGGGCCGCAAAAGAUGGAGGAAUUCUUUGUCACUGGUCUUUUCCCCUUCUAAGUUUAUCAUAAUCUCGACAUCAGGAAGAAGCUUGCACAACUUACUGACGUGUGCACAACUAACCCUCAUUGACUCAUACACACCUGCAGACACAUUGCAAACAAACACUAACCCUCAUAUACUGUGUGUGUGUGUAUAUAUACCGGUAUGUAUAUAGGGGAGAGGGAAAGUUAAAAAAAAAUGUGCAGGAAAGUGUGUUAAAAUUUAAAACGGAAUAAAUAUGAACAAAAGGAAUUAGUUGUUAAAACGAUAAUGGCUGUAGUAAGAUAUGUAUAUAUAAUUGUUAAUUAAAAUUAAUGUGGAUAAGUAGAGGGAGAGGAAAGAAAGAAAGUUUCACAGAACAGUAUGAAGUAGAUGUUAAUGGAAAACAGAUAAAAAUGGAAAAUGAAGGACACUCACCUCCUUUCAGCGACAAUGUGUCAAUCCCGACCCACAGCCACAUGCCGUUUCCCUCCUGUACACUCUUCUACACGCACAGCUGAACCUCCCAGCCCCUGGGUAUAUAGGGAAAUGGGAAGUUGCCCUGGGCAAAACCUUUACCACAAACCAAUGGGGGAAAAUCUGUGAUUUGGUGCAUCAUUGAGCUCUUGCUAGUAAGACACAGGAAACGGCAUUUAAGGUCCUGACACUGUGGUACAGAACGCCUCACUUCCUCCAGAGCAUGAACCCCGCUCUGGACUGAGACUGCUGGCGUUGCCGAGCCACCCUGAGUACUUUCUUACCCGUCUGGUGGGAAUGCCCUAAAAUCAGACUGUUCUGGUCGGCGAUUAAUGCCAUCCUACCGAAAUUUUCCAACAACCCCUCUGUCCCUUCCACCCACACCACAGCUAGAUUCAAGAAAUCAAUGUCUGUUCAUAUUUUAAAUAUGGCCAGACAAGUAGUUCCCCUCUACUGGAAACAAGAGACACCUCACCCCCAUCCCCAUUGACACUGUGGUUUGACAAAAUGGAGGACCUAAGAUGGCUAGAAGAACUGACAUUCAUGGCCCAAGGAUGCACCCAAUCUUACACUGACAUCUGGACUCACUGGCUGAUGGUCGCAUAUCACAUUGACUUUCGGCCCUUGCUGACAUUUGGGGGCAACUAGCCUGGUGGGUUGAGGGGUCUCGGGCUGCGGGCCGUGCGCUCUCUCCGUUUGAAAGUAAACGGAGGAGAUCUUCCUGACCCAACAAUCCAACACUCAUCUUUGAGGGACACCCAAACAAGGGGAGCAGUAGGGGACACUCCUGAUACAGAUUACUAACAAAGUUAGGGAAACAACCAGACGCCUGGACAUAGGCAUUUUGUUGCACCUCUGUACGUUAGGUUCACUGCAUUGUGGCACCACUUUCAUUCAUAUAAGAGUGCUACACAUGUAUGACGUGCUAUAUAACUGGAUUGCGGACUUUUAGUCCCUAUUUACCAACAUGUUAUUUGUUUCACUAAGCCCUGCGUGGCUUUCAAACUUUGUAUGCCAUAUUCUGGGGGGAAAAAAUGGUUUAACUGUGUACUUACAUUCACUCAGUACUUGUUUUGAUACAACCACAGCGACCAAUAAAAAUCUUAUUAACAAAAAAAAAAAAAAUGGAAAAUGGAGCUACCUUUAUGAGUCUGGAUGCAGUCAGCUUUCAUAAUAUGUAAAAGCAUUUUGACACUGUUGCACAUAGAAGGCUUAUCAAUAAACUGCAAUCUUUAAGUUUGGAUUCCAAUAUUGUUGAAUGGGUAAGGCAGUGGCUGAGUGACAGGCAACAGAGGGUUGUAGUUAAUGGAAUAUAUUCGAAGCUUGGACUUGUCACCAGUGGGGUACCUCAGGGAUCUGUACUUGGACCCAUUCUCUUUAAUAUUUUAUUAGUGAUAUUGCAGAAGGUCUUGAUGGUAAGGUAUGUCUUUUUGCUGAUGAUACUAAGAUAUGUAACAGGGUUGAUGUUCCAGGAGGGAUAAGCCAAAUGGCAAAUGAUUUAGGUAAACUAGAAAAAUGGUCAGAAUUGUGGCAACUGACAUUUAAUGUGGAUAAGUGCAAGAUAAUGCAUCUUGGACGUAAAAACCCAAGGGCAGAGUACAGAAUAUUUGAUAGAGUCCUAACCUCAACAUAUGAGGAAAGGGAUUUAGGGGUGAUUAUUUCUGAUGACUUAAAGGUAGGCAGACAAUGUAAUAGAGCAGCAGGAAAUGCUAGCAGAAUGCUUGGUUGUAUAGGGAGAGGUAUUAGCAGUAGAAAGAGGGAAGUGCUCAUGCCAUUGUACAGAACACUGGUGAGACCUCACUUGGAGUAUUGUACACAGUACUGGAGACCGUAUCUUCAGAAGGAUAUUGAUACCUUAGAGAGGGUUCAGAGAAGGGCUACUAAACUGGUUCAUGGAUUGCGGGAUAAAACUUACCAGGAAAGGUUAAAGGAUCUUAACAUGUAUAGCUUGGAGGAAAGACGAGAUAGGGGGGAUAUGAUAGAAACAUUUAAAUACAUAAAGGGAAUCAACACAGUAAAGGAGGAAGACAAUAUUUAAAAGAAGAAAAACUUCCACAGCAAGAGGUCUUAAAUUAGAGGGGCAAAGAUUUAAAAAUAAUAUCAGGAAGUAUUACUUUACUGCAAGGGUAGUGGAUGCAUGGAAUAGCCUUCAAGCUGAAGUGGUAGAGGUUAACACAGUAAAGGAGUUUAAGCAUGCGUGGGAUAGGCAUAAAGCUAUCCUAACUAUAAGAUAAGUUAUUUAGAAAAUUGGGCAGACUAGAUGGGCCGAAUGGUUCUUAUCUUCCAUCACAUUCUAUGUUUCUAUGUUUCUAUGUAAGCAAAAUAAAUUAAUGAUGAGCAGACAAGCUGAACACUUAUUAAAACAUAAAUAUAACUUAGUUACACAGUUGAUUAGCUUGAGAAAACAUAUAAGUAUAUUAACUUAAAAUAUGCCAUGGUAAGAUAACCUCUCAUCUUACUGACAGAAAAGAAAAUAUCAAAAAAGCCAUCUCAUGCUUUUCUUAUAUAGUAGAAAUACACUUUACAAAUUUCCACAUAUCAUGUUUCAGCCUAUCAUGCUAUCCAAAGUUGGAUGAUUGUUGUAGAACAGGGGUGUCUAAGAUGUUGUAGAGCUACAUGUCCCAUGAUGCUUUGCGUGUCUUUGCAUGCCUUUAGAUAGACAAGGCAUCAUGGAAGUUUAAAACAUGUGGAGAUCUACCUUUUGGGAACCCCUGUUGUAAAAGUUCAAUAUCCUCCCAUCAACAUGCAGAGUUCUGCUGAAUAUUUGCAUCACAGAGCUAUGAAAAAGGAAAUGUAUUUACUUUUAUGAAUAUACUAUAUCAUAAUAUAUAUCAAGACAGGGAGAAAUUAAAUUCAUAGAAAAAGAAGUGGUAAACAUACAGCAUAAAUAUUUUAUUAUGUUUGUCUAGAAUUUGAAAUUCUGAAUGUUAUUGUAUUUAUUUUUAUAGUACAGAACAUGUACUUUUAGAAUAACAAAUCAUAAUAAAUGUAAUUUAAAUAUUGUACUUUUGCAAUUUGUGUCUAUAUACCUUAUGCGUGCUGGGAUGGGUGAGAUAUCUGGCUGUCUCUAGCAGUAUAAUCAGCAUACAGUGUUUGUCCAUUUUCUGUAUAUCUUUAUAAACAUGUUGUAUUAGCACCAAAGCAUUAUCUGGGUUAUUAACUAAAGUGUGAAUUGUCCAAAAAUCUAAGUGAAUUUCAUGGUUAAGAGACUGAAAUAGUUGAAUUGGGGAAAUUCUCCAAGUCAGCUAUGUUUGCAGUAUACCUAUUUUAGUCUAAAAUUUGACAAUUGUAAUUAAAUUACCAACAAUUUUUGCUUUACUAAAUAGCCACGAGAAUGCGUUGCCUGGGAUGUUUAGCUAUAUCUGUCUGUAUAAUAAUUUUGCCUUGGUGGGAUUCCUGGAGAAAUCAGAUUUUACAUACUGUUCCUUUGCUGCACAAAAUAUAUGGAAUGCAUACAAUCUACUGGGAUGGGAAUAAAUCUGAAACAUAAGAUAAUUUCUGACUUUUUCAACUAUUUCUAAUGUCGUCAUCUCUCAUUGUGGACAGUUUGGCUGUCCACAAUAGCAUGAGGAAGAACUACUGGUCUUUCUUGCUUUACAACAACAACAAAUGUCCGCAGCCUUCCCAUGCUAUACACCAAAUUAAGUAUGGAUAAUAACUGUGGCCUGGACAAAUAAUAUUCACUUGAGGUUAUAUUUGAAUCUGAGGCGCUUUUCCUUUAAAUAAGCACAAUGCUAUUAUAAUAUAAAAUCAUUUUAAAUGCAAUGGACCAAAAUACUGCAAUCCUCUAAUCCUCCCUUAAAUGUUUUCUAAAAUUGCAACAAACAUGAGUUAGUGCACUAUAUAUAUAUUUAAAAAAAAAACACUGUAUUAAUCUAUAAAAUCUCUAAGUUGACGCACUAUAAAAAAGAAAAAUGAUAUAAUAUAUAUACAACCAAGCUUUUAUGCUUCAGCUAGUACCAAAAACACUAGUUCUUCUAUUUGCAAGAAUAAUAGUUUAGGUAUUCCAUUUAUUUGAUAUGAUGUCACUGGUUUAUAACCUGCUACGUUUAUGCUCACAGAAAUUUUACAGUCCUGUUACAUUACAGAUCUGAAAAGGCUUAGAGGGGAAUUUUAUGACCCAACAAAAGAUAUUGAGGAGAUGAAAAAGGAGAAGGAAGAAGCUGCCAGUGAAAAAAAGGUCUCCAUCUUACAGCUAAUUAAAUCUCCAAAUUACAGACAACCUCUUAUAGUGUCCCUUGUUCUCCACAUUUCUCAGCAAUUUUCUGGAAUUAACGGGGUAAGUAAUACAUGCAAGGGGUGAAGUCUGGAGCUCCUUCAUUGCAAAUGGCCAAUGUUUUUUUUUUCAUUUUUGUAAUCUCAUGAUGCAGAAGAAUGCAGGGAGCCAUGAACAACUGGAAAUACCCAAGUUUGUCUUACAUUCCUUGCAUAUAUGCGGAAGCUAUAUCUUCUUUAACUCCAUUGCACAUGGAGCGUCUUUGUACAAUGACCCAUAAGAUGGGUUGUUGUAGCAGGCAAUUAAGUAUGUCUCAUAAGCCAUCUGACUUGUUUGACUUUUAACAAUUUCACAAUUUCUUUAAUAUUGUCCCUAUGGAUUUAUAGGAAAUUUUUAUAUUUGGCUUAAAUAAAUCUUCGAUAUUACGGUUGUACAUUAAUGGUCUGUUUAAGUGUAUUUAAUAAGUUAUUAAAGUGACUUACGCACUGAUAACAAAAAAAUUGUAUUGACUGGGGUUAUGUUGGGUUACUUACAGAUAUUUUACUACUCCACAAGCAUUUUCACAAAGGCUGGGAUUUCACAACCAGUAUAUGCAACAAUCGGAGUCGGUGUGGUUAACACAAUCUUCACUGUGGUUUCGGUGAGUAAAAAAGUGAUCAUGAAAUAGUGAUGUCAAUAAUGAGUCAUGAAUCUUAGCUGCACGAGGCACUCAGUGAUCUAUUCAGAGAAGAGUAAGUUGGCAAAAGGUAAAAUUUGAGUCAAAAUAGCUGACUUAGAAAAAAAAUCUGCACACAACAUAUUUUGCCCUAAAGUUUGCAAGUUGGAUGCAAACGUAUGUCAAUAAACUUGCUUUUGAAAUGAUUUCAAAAGCAUAUAAUGCUGACAUAACCAUUAUGGAUGUAGAGAUAUGCAAAGCAUAAUCUUUUCAUACAUGGAUCCUAUUGUAGAGACCUGGUUCUAUUUUGCUAAAGGGAUAGAAUAUAUAUAGAACAGAUAUUUUUCAUGGCAUUUGAACAAGUGGUACGUAUAUGCUUCUUUAUUGCAUGAUAGGAGUGCUUUGCCAUCAUGCCAAUAACAUUGCAGCCCAAACAUUCUGCAGUUACUCUGAAAAGGUAUUGAGCCAUCUAAUUAUUUGAUUAAUCCAAGUCAGAGAAGAUUGAUGCUGAAAUUAUGUCCCAGGUACAUUGCUGACAUUAGAAAAUUCACCUUGCAGUCUAAGUCUGUAUUCUGAAUUGUAAGCAAUUUAUUUUAUCUAGACUUACAAGGUCAAACAGCCAUCAAGUCAUGCUGACAACUACAAAAACGAACAUCCUGCAAGCCACUUGGUUAUUUAUUAGCAGAAAACUAGAUAAUGUUUGAAUAGAAUAAUGGGGAAAGUGGAUAACAGUGAAAGUGUAUUGUCUAUUUAUAUUCAGUACAAAAAUACAGAUCGCUUAUAUAUUGUUUCCUGUACCAAACUGGUGUUUUGCUGCAAAGGAACAUGCACACAAUUUCUGUCUGCAUGCAUACAGUAAACUUAUGAAAAGAAUUAAAAGAAACCUUUCACUACAAUUUAGUUCAUACUACGUUUAUAUUAUUCCCAAAGAAAAUGUAUACAGCAUAUAGUUUUUCCAUGUUUUCUUUGGGGUAUAUGAAAAACAGCUAGCAAAAGCUGCAGAUCUGAUGUGUACAGCCUUUGCAAGCCUUCAACCCGGAAACAGAUUUUCAGCUGGAGCAAUCAGAGUGUGCAUGCGCAAGGAUUCCCAUUCAUACACAUAUAAAUGAGCUGUAAUACAGAUCAUUGAAAAGUGGUGAAAGAAGGCACAUUCUAGCCCAGUGAUCCUGCCACUUCCAUGUGGAGCUAACAAAAGUGGAAGAAAGCCUCUCCAGAAGGCAUUUCAGCAAGGAUUUAUAGUAAGUGCCUAUUUAUAUUGAAAUCAGCACUAUAUAAACUAAAAAAAAUUAAAGACUUCAGACACAUGAAGCACUUCAGGAAUCUUAAGUGCUUUAUGUCUUGGGAGAGUGUUCCCUUAAAGUUGUGCUGUAGGUGAAUUUAUAUAUUCAUACAAUAGAAAAAAAUAAAUACAAACUUUUCAUAUGAUAUAAAUGUAAUUACAUUUAAUAUUUAAGUUUAUGUAAAACAUUUCUAUAUGGAUUAGUUAUUACAUAGGAAUUCCAAGGAACGUACAAUGGAAUUAGACCAAAAUAACAAAAACUGGAAAGGUUCUCCAAAUCAGCUUAAUUUCUAGCUUGGCUACUUAGGCUUAUAGUUAAUGAAUGAGUUAGUGAAUGAACCCCUAUAUCAUGUUAAUUAGAAAAAACUACUUUUUUUUGCCAUGGGAAUUAACCCCUCAGUGACUAGGCCAUUUUUCAAUUUUAUUUCCGUUAAGGACCAGGGCUCUUUCUACAGUUCUGCAGUGGUUGUGUUUAGAUGUAAUUUGCCUCUUACACAUUUACUGUACCCAUACAUAUUAUAUAUCGCUAUUAAGUGGUCAUUUUAAAGAUACCAUUUUUUUCAUCAUAUCAUAUAAUUUACUAGAAAAAAAAUGGAAAAUAUGAUGAAAAAUGGAAAAAAAACAAAGCUGGCCAUCAUGCACCCAUGUCCCAGUUGGAAAAUUUAUGAAGCCAGCCAGUGUAAUUCACCCCCGUCAAACUGUAUGUUUUUGAAAACACCCUAAGGCAUUUCACAUGGUGGCAUUUCAACAUUUUAUAUGCACUAGUUCUACCACCAGUCUCUGUCAAACGUUUGGGUAGUCAUUUUUUUGUGGUGUUAUUUUUCACUCACACAUUCUACUUUGGGCAUAGAUUCUCAGCUCCUGUUAGGUAUUUCUGCCAAAGGACACCCCAAUAUGUGCUUGGCAACAUCUCCCGAGUACAGCGAUACCCCCCCAUGCAUAGGUGUGUGGGGUUCUCUGGGGGGGGGGGGUGCAAAGCAAAACACAAGUGAAGAGAGGGAGGGAGAUCCACACUAACCAGAGAAAUAGGGAACACACUUGGGAUGAAAUUGCUAAUGGGGCAAGCUUUGAUUGAAUGAGACCCCAGCCUGUCCCUUAUGAUGAGGCAGGCUAGGGACACCUCCAGAAGCCCCAUGAUUCACUGCCUUUAAAAAGGGGGAGGGCGGUUUAAUACUGAUCAUUUUAUUUAUUUUAUAUUUAUUUUUUUAUAUAUAUUAUAUAUAUAUAUAUAUGCACUGAGUGCCAGGACCCCUCGAGGCACUCAGCACAUGCAGAGAAUCACUGCAAUACUAUCAGAGCUUCCAGCGCUCAAAAUAGCUGCGGACGUACCAGGUACGUCCAAGGUCAUUAUGGACCGUUUUUUGCCAGACGUACCUGAUACAUCCGUGGUCGGGAAGGGAUUAAGCAACAGUUUUGUUUACCUUUUCAUUUGCUUUCUGUAUACUAUUAAAAAUUUAAAGUUAAUAUUUUUGGAUAAGCUUCUCAAAUGAAGGCCAUAAUCAGCCAAGGGGGAAAGCAUUUUUGCCUUACAGGACUUAAAGCAAUGAUUAGAUUGCAAAUUUACUGCAUAACAUCCCCAAUUUUGCAUUAAGGGGUUUGAAAGAAUUAGAAUUUUACAAAUUCUUCCCAAAUAUCUGUUUUACAGGUUUUCCUUGUUGAACGAGCUGGGAGAAGAUCUCUUUACCUCGUUGGAUUGGCAGGCAUGUGCAUAUGCGCUAUCAUCAUGACGAUUGCUCUGGCUUUGCUGGUAAGUUUACUAGAAUUCUAAUAUAUUACUUUUUUCAUUAUUAUUAUUAUUUAUAAAGCUUUAACAAGUUCCGUAGCUCUGUACAAUGGGUGGACUAACAGACACGUAUUUGUAACCAGACAAGUUGAAUGCACAGAAAAAGAUGGAUUGAAGGCUCUGCUCAAUGCGCUUACAUGCUAGAGGGAGUGGGGUAUAGUGACACAAAAGGUAAGGGUAGGGUAGAAAAGUAAGUUGCUAGGAUAGUAUUAAUUUAUUUAUUACUGGUAUUUAUAAAGCGCCAACAGAUUCCGCAGCGCUGUACAAUUAGUGGCGAACGUACAAUAUACACAGACAGUGGUGAGGAAAAAAUGCAGAGCUUCACUGAGUUUGAGUGUGAAGUGAGGCCUGAAGAACAGAGAAGGAGAUUGAACAGUUAUAUGAAAGUAUUUACAGCUGGGAGGAGAAUAGGAAAGAGGAUGAGGGGGGAGGACAAGGAGGGGGAGGUAAAGUAGCCAUGUGCUUAAUACUAUUGAAAAGUUCAGCAACCAAAUUCUAUCACCCAAAAUAUUAAUAACGGUCUACAUGAAAUAUUGGUCAGAAACAUUAAAUGACAAUAGUGCAAACUGCAUGCACAGAAAAUUACAGUGGCAAACUACAGGUAUAAAUGGUAACAAAUCUAUAGUAACACAUGAUAAUAUGGUAGCAAUCCAAGAAUAAAUGAGGUGUAAUAUCUUCCAAGCUUCAGUCAGUACCUGAGAGUGGUAGGAUUUUCUGCAGGAUGUAAAAUGCAGAGCUUCACUGAGUUUGAGUGUGAGAUGAGGCUUAGUGUUUUGAGGAUAGUUGCAGGAGAGGAAUCAAGGUGCGGGAGGGAAAGCUGUUAACAGUUUAAUUGAUAUGCUUUCCUAGAAAAGUAAGUGUUCAAAUUGUUUUUGAAGGAGUGGAGAUUGGGUGAGAGUCUAACAGUGAGGGGAAGGGCGUUCCAUAGGAAUGGUGCAGCCCUAGAGAAGUCUUUAACCCCUUAAGGACACAUGACGUGUGACAUGUCAUGAUUCCCCUUUAUUCCAGAAGUUUGGUCCUUAAGGGGUUAAGGUGAGCAUCAGAGGUAGGAGUACGUACAGAGGUUAGCCAUAGGUCUCCGUCAGAGUGUAGGGGCCUAGACGGGACAUAUUUGUGUAUUAGUGAGGAUAAGUAGGUGGGAGCAGCAUUGUGUAGAGAUUUGUAAGCAAGUGUCUGGUUCUUAAAUUGAGCCCUAUAUCUUACGGGUAGUCAAUGUAGGGACUGACAGAAGGGUGAGGCGUGGGAGGUGUGGGCGGACAGGAAGAUGAACUUCGCUGCCGCAUUCAUUAUAGACUUAACGGGGCAAGUUGGGAACACGUAAGACCACUGAGAAGUGGAUUACAGUAGUCAAGGCGAGAGAGGACAGCAGCAUGGACAAGCACCUUUGCUGUAUCAGGUGUUAAAUAGGGUCGGACAGGCGCAAUGUUUUUGAGAUGGAAGCAUUCACUGACUUAUGAGAAAAAUUAUUCAUCAAUUAGUAUUUUUAUUUUAUUUAUGUACCAGAGUAUUCAGCAGCACUACAUGAUAAGCUUUUUGUAAUAUUUGUUUGUUUUUUUCCAGAAGCCAAGGAACACAUUAAAUCAGUUACAAAAAUAAAAUACAAUACUUAACCUGGAAAAAUAUUCCAACGCAGCUUGGUUAAUUUAGCCACAUGUUUGCCAUUCAAAUUCACGUUUGCUAAAAUUUGGAAUUAAGUGAAUAAAAUACAGAAAAAUAGUUUGUCACCUAUAGUGACAUUAUAUUAUAAAUAUUUUAUUAACCAAGACUUAAUUUUUAUUGAUUUUGUAAUAAAUUGCAGAAAUUGUAGUUCACAUUCUUAUUAUUAUUAUCAAAAUAAAGACAGUAGCUUCCAACAAAGUAGAGAUAUGUGCAUGCCUUAUUAUUGCAGUGUUCUGACUAAGACUAAUGCCAGCAUACCUGGAAUGUGAAUUUGAACUUGCCCUUUGCAUAAAUAGGAGGUGGCUAUGUCAAGGCCCAAGACAUUAUUGAUUGCUUGUCUGUGAUGAAGCUUGCAAACAUUCUAAGUGUAAUGACCCAAGGUAAACUGUCAAAUGGUUAUAUCUGGUCAUGGCAAAAGUUAAAAAGGGAAAUAUCAACAUAGAACAUACUGAACAUUCUGAGCUCAUUGAUGGUUUCAAGGUUACCUGUAAACCUAUUUCUCUAGAGUAGAUGACCUGCGGUUUGAGCAACCUGUUCUAAUAUUAGGAAAUAAUAGCAAACAGCAAAAAUCAGACUGCAGUCCAGUUGCUGCCAAAUGUGGAAUAUAUUCAGCCAUAAGACUAACCUAGCAACAUGAGGGUCUCCUCUUGAUAGCAAAAUAGCCUUGCCUUACUGUAGGUAGUGUAGAGCUAUGUUUAUAGAGUUUAGUUUUAUAUAGCUAAGUCACAACAACAUAAUUAAUUUAAAGGGACACUGUAUUCUCUGUAACGUCUUUAUCUCAUUAUAGUGCUUACAAUGUCUGAAGUCCUCUGGACUGUCUCCUUUCCUUCCUGGUUAAACUGUUUUAAUGUUUUAGUGCUAAACAAGCUCAUAACAGGUUUAAAAUUAAAUGGAAGGACAAUGCCAGAGGACAGCAGGCACUAUAACUAGUUCAGUGAAAUGAAAUAGUUAUAGUGAAAACAUUGUCAAUUUGAUGUGUUUGUUUAAUUAAUCGACAUGAACAUGAGCAUGGGGUGCUUUAUGUAUUUAGAAGUUUAAAUACUAAUACUAACUAACUAUUAAACUAGAAGAGAUUUCAGCUAAUAUAUCUAAAUCAUAUCUAAAUCUAGAAGGAGUCAAGUGGACUUUGAGCUUCGUUUGAAUUUGGCCCAGCGACUGUUAAUAGCCCAGUCCUAACUUUAUUGCUCUGAGUGCUCAUUAAUGUGAAUGGAAGUGGUUCAGGAGGUCUGUACUUGGUAAUCUCUUAUGGCACAGUUAUCAAAGAUACAACUUUUAGUGGAGUUUUGGUUGAGUAAAGCUGACAGUCAGUGAGAAUUAUUAGGAUGUUAAAGGGACACUCCAGGCACCCAGACCACUUUUCCCAAUUGGAAUGGUCUGGGUGCCAACUCCCACUACCCUUAACCCUGCAACUGUAAUUAUUGCAGUUUUUAUAAACUGCAAUAAUUACCUUGCAGGGUUAAGUCCUCCUCUAGUGGCUGUCUAGAAAAAAAACACGAAAGGGGUGUUUUAAGCGACGCUGGACGUCCUCACGCUAUGUGAGGACCUCGAGCGUCGCCAAAAUCCCCAUAGGAAAGCAUUGAUGUCAGCGGGGGCAGAGUCUGACCCAGUGCCGAAAGACAUCGGCACUGGACUCCGGUAAGUCACUGAAGGGGUUUUAACCCCUUCAACAACUUGGGACCGGGAGUGGGAGGGAGAGAGGCACUGUAGGGUCCUGCAUUGCCAGGAAAACUAAUAUGUUUUCCUAGCACUGGAGAGUCUCUUUAAUGAACAGUAUUACAGUAUUACAAUAAUGAAUCCUUUUCAUGCAUACACUCAUGCAAUUAUGUAAACCUGAAAAGUGUGUGAAUGCAACUCACUUAUGAGAUAAUUAUUGGAAAAACUAAUACAUUACAUUUAUCUGCAACAUGAAUAUGAAAAAUAAUCCCUUCUCAUUUAAUCAUUUUACAGAGUCAGCAUGCUUGGAUGAGUUAUCUCAGUAUGGUUGCCAUCUUCCUAUUUGUGGUUUUCUUUGAAGUUGGUCCUGGACCCAUUCCUUGGUUCAUUGUUGCAGAGUUGUUUAGCCAAGGUCCUCGGCCUGCAGCUAUGGCUCUAUCUGGGUGCUGUAACUGGACCUGCAACUUUAUCAUUGGAAUGUGCUUCCAGUAUAUUGCAGUAAGUAUGAAAACAAUAGAGUCAAGACUGCACAACCUACACACAACCCUACACACAACUUGUGGUUUCACUUUUUCACUUGUAUAUCCUGAACACGUUGUUACUCUCGCUUAGUGUUGAUACAAUUUGAUAAGCACUAGUUCAAAGUUUUGGCCAUCGGUGCUUGGCAGGUUAGGAGGGGUGUUGAAAAGUGAAUCACACAGGGGUGGUUAACUAAAGUGUAAAGAAUUCAAAGUAAUUUUAAAGUGCAUUUAAAUAACCUAAUUUACCUAUAUUUAUUCCAAAAUUGUAAAUUUAGUUUGAAUGCAAUUUGAUUUUUUGCCAAUUCCCACUUUAAUGAAUAAAUCUGGUGGAGUACAGGUCUAAUUUCUUGUUACUAAAACUUCCUACAGGUACCAAAUUACUCCGGUGUACCUAAUGCAUAAGUACAAAAACCACAUCCACUACAGCACACUGUGGUGCUUAUAGAGCAGUAAAACCUUUUCAAGAGAUUGUUUGACAUAACUAAAAUGGAAGUUCCCCUUCCACAUUAGAUAUCAGAGAAGGAUUAAGCAGAACGAUUAAGCAGAACACUUCUCUGAAGUGAGAAUUGCUGGGAAUCUAUUCCAAUAUGAUUUUUUUUAAAUGUAAGUCCAAAAUUGCCAAAUUGAACAUAAAAUUUAUUUGGAUAACCUUUCUCAAUUGGAUAAUUUGGCCUACAUUUCAAAAAAUACUUUUUGAAUUCUUCUUGAAUUCCUAGCAGUUCUCACUAUAGAGAAUAUGUGAGGCAAGUUACCGGUUUGCCCCCACCUCACCUAAAUUUUUCUCAUAGCGAGGCUGAGUGAGGCCAAACAAAUUUAUGGUUCUGUGGCCCUUGUCUAAUCCUUUGACUUCAUGUGACUGCCCAAAGUCACCUUAUUGUUAAUAAUUCUCUGUUUAAAACAUUAGAUUCAUCCCUACUGGGAAGGAAUCCAUCAGCUCAAAGCAUCAGCAAAGACGAGUGGCAUUAAAGUAGUAAGGACUUCCCAUUAAUUAGUCAUAUCUGAAGUUAGUGAGUGCUUAAGGGGACAAUAUAGGCACAUCUCAAUAAAGUGGUGGGUGCCAUGACCUUGUCGUUCUGUGGGAAAAGCAGUAUUUGCAUUACAGAGUUUAAAUGCCUCUAUUGUCACUCUGACAGGCACUAAAGGCGUUUCUGCUGAAAUAGCCAAAUGAACCUUUGGACUUUCAAUCAGAAGGUCUCAUAGAGACCAUUUGAUUGGAGAAUUAUGGAAGUUUGCAGUGCGAUUGGAUUCGCUGAGAUCAUCAAGCUUGAUGAUCUCCACUAAGGAGGCGGAGCUUCCCUGCAAAGAUGGCUUGCUGUGUGAUAUAAGCUAAGUAAAUCUUCCUUUUAACUUCUUAGAUUGGGACAGCAGACACCUACAGAUAGCCUUAGGAACAUUAAUGGAUUCAUUAUGCUGACCUGUAUUUUGAUUUCUUUUUUUAGGAUGCUUGUGGACCCUAUGUGUUCAUCAUUUUUGCAGUUUUGCUUUUUGGCUUCACUGUAUUCACAUACCUGAAAGUCCCAGAGACCAAGGGAAAAUCUUUUGAGGAAAUAACUGCAGAAUUCCGUAAAAAGAAGAUUGCAACACGCAAAGGACUUAAAUCCACUGAAAUGGAAUAUCUGGGAACAAGUACCGAUGCCUGA